CGAAAACCAUGCCUAGCAGAAAAAAAAGAGUUGACAACUUUUUAAUUUGACUAGUAUCGACUUCCCAAGGCAUUUUUCCUGAAUCAUCUUAUUUUGUCAGCAGCGACUUUUUCCUGUUUCUCGCCAUACAGACGUUCAUUCACAUCGGGCAAACGCAAACAUGAGCGCGUUUCAGCUCGAUCUCGGCCUUUUGAAAGAGCCACUGGGAUUCAUACGUGUAUUGGAAUGGAUAUUCGCCAUAUUCGCUUUUGCUACAACGGGGGGCUAUUCUGGCUCUACAAGUUUCAACAUCCAGUGCAAAGACAAUCUCACAAUCCAUGAAAUACUUGUAACCUUCAGCUACCCUUUUAGGCUUCAUAACCAGAUUUAUAAAGUCCCAACCUGCAAAGUCAAUGACACAUCUGUAGUUGAAAAACAUCUGAUUGGAGAUUAUUCAUCUUCGGCUGAGUUUUUCGUAUCUAUUGGUGUUUUGGCUUUCCUGUACUGCACUGCUAUGCUUGUGUUGUAUUUGGGUUACCAGCAGAUGUACCACGAGUCUCCUCGUGGCCCUACUCUUGAUCUGCUGAUAACUGGGAUCUUCACGUUUCUGUGGCUGGUGUCAUCUUCUGCCUGGGGAAAAGGCCUUACUGAUGUGAAAUGGGCAACCAGUCCAAAUACACUUCUGUCCAUACCUGAAGUUUGUAAAGACGUCUUAAAAAACAAGUGCACAGCGGGGCACAUCCCCCUAAUGGGUCGCCUCAAUUCAUCAGUGAUCUUUGGAUUCCUCAACCUUAUACUGUGGGGAGGAAACUGCUGGUUCAUCUACAAAGAGACACCAUUCCACAAGUCAGCCAAUCCACAAGGAGGAACAGAACAACCAAGAUAAAACGGCAUGUGUCGUCCAAAUUCAUCAAGCAGGUGUUACACACCUCAGCCAACUGAUCUGAAAGUAUCUACCUUAAGUGACCCAAGUCACAAACACACUGUGGAUGGUCAUCAUAUUUCUAUACUGUUCAAAUGAUUUUCAAAUUUAAAUUUGCACACACUACAGCAAAGCUGUAUGAUUAGAAAAAUGUGCAUUGUUAAAGGUACAAUUGCACCUUUGCACAAAAGUCUAUGCACGAUGUAAAUUGAUACAGCUGUCAUAAAAAAAAUUACAUUUCAUGGCUUUACUGUAACUGUUGACUUGAAUCUGUCAUUUUAGCCUGAUGCAACAAACAAAAUGUACCAAAUGUUUUUAUAUAAAAUAGCAAUAUGGUUGAUAUGGCCUGUUUUUGUAACUGUUGUUGUGUUCUCCUUUUAGAAAUUGACUACAGUACACGCCUAUGUUCUUGUGUUAUCUCAAUAUGUGUUUAAUCCAAUUCUUGUUGCAUUGUUAAAAUGUUUACGUGUCAAACAAGCACAAUUGUUGUUAAAGAAAUAACAUUUGCAUGAUUAUUUUGUUCAAGUUUAACAAUAAAAUAAAACAUUUUAAAAAAAU